GGGGCAUGUACAUCAAUCGUACAAUUGACUUAGCACAAUGAGAGUCAAAUCCACCAUCUUUGCUUGGGCCAUCGUCCUGUUGGCCUGUCUGCUGAGGAGCAGUGAGGCAGUCACCUGCACCGCUGACCCCACUGUAACAGGAUGUGUUGACUGUGCCACCAGUCCCACGGAUGCCGAGUGCGUGGCAGAAGCAGCCGCGGGCGUCACCACCACUCCGGCUACCCCAGUUGUCACAACUGCCGCUCCUGCGGGCGCGACCACUCCCGGUCCAGCGGUCGCAACCACUCCCGCUCCUGCGGGCGCGACAACUGCUGCCCCUGCCGACAGUCCAGCGACCACUGCUGCGACUGGUGCCUCAGACAGCGAGACUACUGCCACAGACAGCAGCAGCAUUAGCAGCGGCAGCAGCAGCGGCAGCAGCAACAGCAAUGCAGCCGCCACCAGGAGGAGGAGGAGGAGGAUGGCUGCUGCACGUCGUCGUCGGCGCCAGAGGGCCGAGAGGAGGAGGGCAGCCAGGCGGCGUGCAGCCAGGAGGAACAACAGGAGAGGUUAAGCGGGAUAAAUUUAUCUAAUCCUGAACUUCAGAUACCUUUGUCACAGGAUACACCUUAAAUAAACCGAUAUAUUGCAUACCCAAAAAA